GUUCUUUUGUUUCGCAUUUCAUUCAAACGUGUAGCCUUAAUUUCACUAUCGGACCUGUCCCAAAUUUUAAUCGUUGGGAAAAUCUAUUCCAGAAUUAGUAGAAAUGUUUUCUGUAUCCCGUACGACCGUCUACAAUGUUUUAAAUCGCACGGAAAAAGAGGAGAGGCUUGAACCUAAGAGUCGGUUGGCGCACAACCAAAAUUAUCAAGCGCGUAGACCGCAUUAUUAUACGAAUAGUGAUUGCGAACCCCCGAAUCUCGGUCAGAGCACUUGCUCAGGAUGCCAGAGAAGAAUGUGACCAAAUUGAAUGAACAUAUGUAUGUAUGUAUAUUGAUCAUAUCUUAAACGUUUUCUGCUACCUUUACCUAGUUUCAAUAAUUCACAUUGCUCCAAUUCACAAAACCUGGGAUUAGCAAAUAAAAGUGUGUUUAAUAAGAAAAUAUAACAGCAGGUCGUCGAACAAUAAACAUAUUUAUGUACGUAAAUACAUGUAACGUAUAGCGUAGGCUUAUAUACAUACAUAUGUACAUACAUAUGUCAACAGCUUGCUUUGGCCCACACGCGUUUCAGUCUUAAAUCCUCUUCGUUCUAAAAUUAUAUAUUUGCUAUACAUACAUACAAGCAUAUACAAACAUGCAUGUGUGCGCUGCUAAGUGACUGAGAUAAUUCCAGAUAGCGUAUGCACAUGAGCGUUCUUUAUUUUCUCAUUCAUUGCCUGACCUGUUCAUUUAAAGCUCCCAUCUUUAUAUUAAUUUUAUUUUUUACCCGGAUUUGAUUUCUGAACCCGUUAUGUUUUAUAAACUAUGUGCUUUUAUGUGUUUCUUGAUAGUUGGAGGGCAUGUCACCACCACAAUGGCCAGUGACAGCAUAUCGGGUUAUAUACGAAAAUGCUGUAUAAAUGGACUUCGACAUGCUCGUACGACCGCCUCUUGCAAAAAAAUCGACAUAGCCCCAACAAUAAUCCCGCAGCUCUGGCUUGGACUUUGUCAUUCUACACUUGAAGUCUGCUGUUCUCGAGAACUGGACCAUCAAGAUUGCGAGCUAGGUCGACUGGCUGCUUUAGACGGUACUCGCUGUGACGGAGAAGGAAAUGUAACAUCUAGCUCCUAUGCGACAUGUUGUCGUUCUUGUCAAAUCGGAUUAGCAGUUAAAGCGAGUAAAGCCAAUUGCAAAGAUCCAUUAUUUUCAUUUAUUUUCUUAAUUGAAUCAUACCGAGCGUGCUGUUACGGAUCUGCUGACUUUAAAGACCAGCCCGGUAUCGACGAAAUCGAUAAGGCUAAUUCUAUUACUGAUGAAGGUGAAUUGCCGUUUGUUUCUGAAGAGGAUAUGAAUGUAACUAUUGUUCUUACCGGCGAUGAUGACAUAUGUGGAAAAAUUGAAAACCUUUGCGCUCACAUAUGCGAAAACACUUUCGACGCAUACCAAUGUAAGUGCCACCCCGGGUUUAUGUUAGAUAAUAACAACGUAACAUGCUCUCCGAUGAAAACCCAAAUAUGUCCCAGCGGUUACAAUUUAGAUAAACUGGAUAACAAAUGCAUUGACAUUGAUGAAUGCCGGGAAGAUCUUCAUGACUGCAAAUCAUCCCAAUAUUGCCAUAAUACGAAUGGCGGAUACCACUGCUUAAAUGUGAAAGAAAAAGAGUGUCCACCAGGAUUUCAUUAUGACCAUGAUUACGAUGCAUGUAAAGAUGAUUACAAAUGCAAAGAUCGUAAAUGCGUUAAAAUUCAAUCUUGUGAUAAAGGAUUCAGCUUGCAUAACGGUACCUGUUCCGAUAUUGACGAGUGCUCACAUAAAUCAUUAAACAACUGUCAUGUCAAUAGUAAUCAGGAAUGUGUUAACACAGUGGGAAGUUAUUCCUGCAAUUGCCUGCCUGGAUUUAAUUUGGAUGCUACACUAAAUAAGUGUGUUGAUAUAAAUGAAUGUUCAAUAAAUAAUCACAACUGCCUUCCAACUCAGAGAUGUGAUAACACGAUCGGAUCAUAUAUAUGCACGCGCCUACAAAGCUGCGGAACAGGCUAUACCUUAAAUGCAGAAACGGGGAAUUGUGACGAUGAUGAUGAAUGCACCCUUAGUACACAUAACUGUCCGUCAAACUAUGAUUGUCACAACACGAGGGGAUCAUUCCGAUGUUAUAGAAAAAUCUCAACAAUGUUAACAACAAGAACGACAUCAACUACAGUUCCGCCUUUAUCUUUGGAAAACGCACGAAGGAGUUUUACUAGCCGAUACCCAUACCCAUUAGCCGUACAUCCGGAAUACUCACAAAACAACGAUUCCAUUUCUACGAAUCGGCGUGUAGACUGCUCCCCUGGAUUUUAUAGGAAUACUCUUGGUGCCUGCAUAGAUACAAAUGAAUGCAUGGAACAAAAUCCGUGCGGAAACCAUGAACGAUGCAUUAACACAAAUGGCCAUUUCCGCUGCGAAAGUCUGCUCCAGUGCUCGCCCGGCUACAAAUCAACAGUGGACGGUAAAUCAUGCAUAGACAUUGAUGAGUGCGAUACUGGUGAACACAAUUGUGGCGAAAGACAGAUUUGCCGUAAUCGAAACGGUGGCUUUGUGUGCUCCUGCCCGAUAGGUCAUGAGCUCAAACGAUCCAUUGGUGGUGCUAGUACAUGUGUUGACACGAACGAAUGCGCUCUAGAACAACGUGUAUGUCCAUUGAACGCCCAGUGCUUUAACACUAUUGGAGCUUACUACUGCGAAUGCAAAGCUGGCUUUCAAAAGAAAUCUGAUGGUAAUAAUAGCACACAAUGUUUUGAUAUCGAUGAGUGUCAAGUGAUUCCGGGACUUUGUCAACAAAAAUGUCUCAACUUUUGGGGAGGAUAUCGAUGCACUUGUAACUCUGGAUACCAAUUGGGACCGGACAACCGGACAUGCAAUGAUAUAAAUGAAUGCGAAGUACAUAAGGAUUACAAACUAUGUAUGGGAUUAUGCAUAAACACUCCUGGUUCGUAUCAAUGUUCCUGUCCACGUGGAUAUAUAUUGGCUGCAGAUAUGAAUACGUGUCGUGAUGUCGAUGAAUGCGCAACAGAUUCCAUUAAUCAAGUUUGUACUGGCCGGAAUGACAUUUGCACCAAUAUCAGAGGAAGCUACAAAUGUACUACCGUUAAUUGUCCACUUGGAUACAGCAUUGACCCAGAACAAAAAAACCGGUGCCGCCAGAAUCUUAACUUUUGUGAAGGAGAAGAAUGUUACACCCAACCGUCAGCUUUCACAUAUAAUUUUAUAACAUUCGUUUCUAAGCUAAUGAUACCUCCAGAUGGUCGUACCAUAUUUACAUUGAGAGGUCCACUUUGGUAUGAUAAUAUCGAAUUUGAUCUUAAAAUUGUUCGCAUACAAGCAACCACCAAUAUUCAAAAGGCAACCGAUGGGAGUUUUGACACUUUACAAAACAACAACCAAGUUAACGUGAUAUUAAAGAAAUCACUGGAGGGACCCCAGGACAUCGAGUUGGAGUUAAGUAUGACAGUGUACACAAACGGAAUGCCUCGUGGAAAAAGUGUAGCAAAAUUAUUUCUGUUUGUUUCUCAACAUACAUUUUAAAAAUUAUAAUAUUUCAUUUGCUGCGAACAUGUAUACCUUUAGAUUCCCUACAAACCUAUACAGUAGACACAAAUAAAAAUUAUGCAGAAAAAGUAC